UCGAGUUAAAAAGGCCAAAAAGACAGAGGGAGAGAGAGAGAGAAACAAAUAGCUCUGCAGGCAAUUCCCACCAAUUCUUGACGAUGAACGUCCCCUAUCAUUCAUCAUCAUCGUCAUCAUCCGCAUCCUCUGUGCGGCCACCAUUCGAAGUGGUCGUGAGCUUUAGAGGAGAGGAUACGCACGAGCAUCUCGCUUAUCCCCUUGUCACCGGCUUGACCGCCGUGGGGAUAAGCGUGUUUAGAGGCAAAAGGAAGCUGGGGGCAGACAAGGAAAUUGACCCUGCGCUGGUCGAAGCGAUUGGACAGUCGAAGAUAUUGAUACCCAUCAUCUCGCCGGAGUACGUUUCCAGCAAAAGCUGCCUCAUGGUGCUGGCCAAGAUGUUGGAUUUCAUGGACACCAUGAACCAUGCCAUCAUUCCUAUUUUCUAUCGCAUCAACCCGUCCUUCGCGGAUCACAAAAAACGAGGGAGCGAUGGCAUGCUCGUCGACCCCUUGAAGUCCGCCCUCCAUCGGAUUGGACAAUUGGAGGGAUAUCGUGUUGACGACGCGAGCGACCGGCUUAUAUCUGAGCUCGUGUUGUAUGUCACUCGGCAGCUGAAGAAAGCUGAACUAGUUGGUACUUCCAUGCCAGUUGGAAUUGAUAAUCAAGUCCGCGAGAUGAUGACGAGGCUUGACAUCGACUAUCGCAAUAAACAAGCGAUUGAUAUUUGCAGCAAUGAGGUCCGAAUGGUUGGAAUACAUGGUAUCGAGGGGAUCGGGAAAACAACUCUCGUAAAGUUUGUUUACAACCAACUAUAUCCUCUGUUUGAAGGCUGUAGCUAUCUGGGAAACAUCCGAGAGAUAUCGAGAACCGAGUCCCUCGAGCAUCUGCAAAGCCAACUGGUUUCUGACCUGCUAAAACAGGAACCUUUAACCUUUCGUUCCUUAGAAGAUGGUAUUUACCACAUCAGACAUAAGUUUCGCAAUAUGAGAGUUCUCAUCGUGCUCGAUGAUGUCAAUGAGCAGCAUCAUCUCGAAGCAUUUGCCGGGAAGCUAAGCUGGUUUGGGUCGAGAAGCAGGAUAAUUAUAACAACCAGAAAACCCAAUCUUCUUAAUAUCCCUGAAGUGGUUGAGACUUAUGAAGUUCAGCCUAUGGACGCAGAUCAAUCCCUUCGUCUUUUCUGUCAACAUGCGUUUGGGGGAAGUUCUCCCCGGGAGGGAUUUGGUGAACUUUCCAAGGACAUUGUUUCCACAGCUAGAGGGCUUCCUAUAGCAAUUGAGGUUGUAGGUUCCUUUCUGUACAGAAAAGACAAACAAAUAUGGACUGAGACGUCAAAGAAACUAAAGAAAAGACCAGUCCAUCCUGUCCAACAAGUGUUGAUGACUAGCUUGGACGCUCUAGAUCCAGAGACAAAAGAAAUAUUUCUCGAUAUUGCUUGUUUCUUAAUAGGAAAGGACAAGAGAAUGCCCUUUUACAUGUGGGAGGGCUGCGAUUUUCAUCCUUGUAGUGGUGUUGAGAGUCUCCUUCUCAUUUCCCUGGUGAAAAUCGGAGAGAACAAUGAGCUCUUGGUGAAUGAUCUAUUAAGAGACCUUGGUCGAGCAAUUGUCUCCAAGGAAGACCCUGCCAACCCUGGAAAGCGCAGCAGGCUGUGGGAUCACAAGGACGCCCUCUAUACCUUAAGGAGAAAAAAAGGAACGAAAAGGGUUCAAGCCCUCUGUCUCAAGGUCGACAAUGGUUCAGACAAGUGUUUCACAUGUGUCGAAUUUCAAAACCUGUCCAAGCUGAGGUUCCUUAAAUUGGACAAUGCAAAUAUCCAGGGAGAUUUCACGAAUCUACUCUGCAAUUUAAGGUGGCUUGACUGGCGAGGGUGCCCCGCAACCUUUGAUGCCAUUAACUUGCAUCUGGAGAACUUGGUGAUUCUUGAUUUAUCAGGGAGCAAGGUCACUCAAAACUGGGAGGGUUGGAGUCAAAUCAAGAUGCCACGGUUAAAAGUUUUGAACCUCACACGGUGUAAUGAAAUGCUGAUAACUCCCAACUUCUCUGGUUACCCGCUGUUGGAGAUGUUGAUUCUCGAAGGCUGUUUUCAAUUGGUCAAGCUAGACAAUUCAAUUUGUCAACUAAGCUUCUUGGUUUCCUUGAACUUGAAAUCCUGCUAUAAUCUUAAUGUGUUGCCGCAGGAAAUUGGUAACAUGGAAGCGCUGAAAGAGCUUCUCAUUGAUGGUACUUCUAUACAGGAAAUCCCCGAAUCGAUAGCUCGUACGGAGAAACUCGAAAUUCUUAGUGCCUCCAAUUGCUCCUCAUUAACUUACCUGCCCGAAUCCAUUUGCAAUAUAAAAGCUCUUUCGAUGCUCUUGCUGGACAAUGUGAAGAUCCCCGAACUCCCCGAUUCAGUCGGAAGUUUGGUGAAGCUUAAACGGUUGUCGUUGAGGGAAUGCCGGCGGAUACAGAAACUUCCAGAAUCUAUCGGCAAGUUAGGAUGCUCAUUGGUGGAGUUGGACAUAUCAGGGACGCCUAUUUGGGAACUGCCUGAUUCCAUGAGAAACCUGCACCGACUGAGAGUUCUUAAGAUGGAACAUUGUCCUGUGCGAGAGUUUCCUAGUGCCAUUGGCGAGCUAAGGAAGCUUGAAGAGAUCCAUGCCUCCCACUGUACGAGUUUGGAGGGAAGCAUUCCUAAUGACAUUCACAAUCUACAAUUCUUGAACAUAUUGAUCCUAGGACAUAGUGGUGUUUCUAGACUACCACGGUCAAUCCAGUUGCUAACCCAUCUCCAGACCCUCGAUUUACUUACUUGCAACAACCUUGAAAUGUUGCCGAUGCUUCCCCCGAGUUUGACUUGUCUGCGAAUAAGCUCAAAGAAGAUGAGCAUAAUCCCAAAUAUUCAGCAUUUAGUUGAAUUGGAAGAAUUGAGCUUUGGCGAUGACAAUCCCAAGGAGCUAAUAGUUCCUCGUAACCCUGCAUCCAUUUCGACCGAGCAGAAUUUUCCUUGGUCUGUAAGGUUUCCGAAACUCAGGAGCUUAGAGUUUUCUCAUUCCCAAAUCCGCAAUUUGAGAUUUGAGUACGGCUCUGCAUGCGUUCCUCAGCUCAAGGAAGUCUUCCUGAGGUGCGCGAACCUUCAAGGAGUAUUGGGGCUUCCCUCAUCGUUGUCCGUCUUGUCGAUCCGAGCUUGUUCUUCGCUGACGAGUUUGCCGACAGUCCAGAAUUUGAGUCACUUGUUGGAGCUAGAGCUCUUGAACACGGCUGUCAAAGAGAUUGAAGGACUUGGAGGGCUAAAAAGCCUAGAGAUCCUGUUGGUGUCGGAUUGCGAGCUAGUACAUCUCAACGGCCUCUCCGAAUUGAGAUUAUUAAAGAGAUUGUCUCUCAAGAACUGCAAGUCCCUCAAGUUGCCCACCGUAUCUGGCCUCACCAUGUUGAAAGUCCUGGAAAUCCACAGGUGCCAGAAGAUCCGCAACAUCGAAGGCCUUGAGGAAUUGACAUUGGAGGAGCUGCUCGUGAGUGAAUGUAAGGCUGCAAGUUCAGCUGAAGUAAGACGAGCCCUGAGGAGUAUCGGAAAACGUUUGAGGACAUCAUCCCCUUGAGUGUGAUCACCAUGUCAUAUGAUGCAUGUGUUCUGCUUUUCCCCUUGAGUAUCACAAAUGUUUGUUUUCUUUUGAUUUCUCACCAUGCUAUUGACGAAAAGUGGAAUAACUAGUCAUUCUUAUGUUUCAAUAUAAUCCAAGAGCAGAGAAGUCGCAUGUAAUUUGGAUAGUUUCAGGUAAAGUGAAAUCCAUGACAUCUCGCACUUCUAAACGAUGCAUUACGCCACUUCCGGGAGUUA